AAGAGUGUCGGUGGUGCAAAGAGAGUGAAGUGUGCGAGACAAAGAGAGAGGGAGACUGUGUGUGGAUAGUGAUAUUUAGACCUACCACCACAACUCUCUUAACUCAAUUCUGUGUGUAUCUUAAAACAGAAGACCCAUAAGAAGCCAUAUGCUUCUCUGUCUACUGUGUCCUUUGUUGUUCAACUUUCUAUCUCACUCGGCUACACUUGUCUUCUAUCUAAUCUAAUUCUAUCUCAAACACAAGCAUAAUGCUUUUAUAACUUUAACAGAAGCAGACCCUCUUAAUUUCUUUGCUUAAACCAUCUGUCUUUCUCUUAAAUUUUUUUUUUUUUCAAUUUGUUUUUUAAUAUACCAAAAAAUGGGUGUUGAUUUGAGACAAGUGAUUGCUGGUAUACUAACACUCACUAUGUUUGUGAUGCUUGGUAAUAUGAUCAAAAGGGAUCAUUUUGAUUCUGUUGAAGAGAAAUUUCCCGGAGGAGCUACAGAUGUUGAAUUUGAUAGUGGGAAGGUUACAGAGCAUGGCCUUGUAACAUUUGCAAAAUCGACUAAUGGACCUUGGAUAGAGGAUGCUCAAGAGCUAAAACCAUGUUGGAGCAAGUCAAAUUUUGAUGAGGUAGAGCAGUCAAAAGGGUUUGUCACUUUCUCGCUAACUAAUGGGCCAGAAUAUCAUAUCUCACAGAUUGCUGAUGCAGUGGUGGUCGCAAGAUAUCUAGGAGCUACUAUUGUACUCCCCGACAUAAGAGGAAACAAACCUGGUGAUGAGAGGAAGUUUGAAGAAAUAUAUGAUGUGGAGAAAUUUGUGCAAAGCCUGGAUGGUGUAGUCAAAGUAGUAAAAUAUUUACCUGAUGAUAUAUCAAUCCGAGAUUUUGCUGUUGUAAAGGUUCCUAAUCGAGUUACAGAAGAUCACAUUUCAAAGUCAAUAGAACAGAUUUUUAAAAGGAAGGGGAACAUAAGAUUGGCUACUUACUUCCCAUCAGUAAAUAUGAGAAAGACUGCACAAAAAAGUAGCAGUGAUUCAGUUGCAUGUCUGGCUAUGUUUGGAAGUUUAGAGUUGCAGCCAGAUAUUAAUGAAGUUGUUGACUCCAUGAUUGAGCGGCUAAGAACUUUGAGUCGCAAGUCUGGUGGACGGUUUAUAUCUGUGGACUUGAGAGUUGAGAUAUUGGAAAAGAAGAGUUGCCAUGGAAGUGGAGGUGGUGGAGCAAAAACAUGUUAUAGUGCUCAGGAGAUUGCCUUGUUUCUAAGAAAGAUUGGAUUUGACAAGGAUACCGCAAUCUACUUAACUCAAUCAAGAUGGGAUGACAGCCUCAAUGUUCUAAAGGACAUAUUUCCAAAAACUUACACUAAGGAAAGCAUAAUGCCUGAAGAUAAAAAGACAAAGUUCCUUCAAUCAGAAGAUUCGGAGUUUGAAAAGGUAAUUGAUUUUUACAUGUGUUCUCAAAGCGAUGUCUUUGUACCAGCCAUAUCUGGCCUCUUUUAUGCAAAUGUAGCUGGUAAGAGAAUAGCUGCUGGUAAGACGCAAAUACUUGUUCCAGCUGACAUCCCAGGAUCUUCCGCCUCUGUCACCAAUCAUUUUUCCCCCUACAUAUCCAAGAAGAACCACUUGGCCUAUUCGUGUUUCUGCUAGUAUUAUCUGUGGGAGGAAAGGAAAAAAGGAAAAGAAAAAAAAAGGCGAAAAAAGCACUAGACAGCUUUUCUGAAGCCUUCAAUGAUCUUAUUUCAUCUCAGUCGAGCUUUUUUACGAAGCAGAUUGACAGGUAAGUUGCAUUCUUCAAUUUGUGAGUGAAAGUACUUCAAAAACUCGAAAUCUCUAUUAUGAGCUGAUUUUUGGAGACCAUUUUUACAGUACAGAUAGCUUUGCCGGCUACAUUUGAAUAUGCAUGUAUUUAAGAAUUUGUUAAUGUUUUGUGAUACAGGAGUAAAUCUGUGUACCGUAAAAGUAGCUAGGUUCUUAUAAGGUUGUUUUAAUAGAUUACUUGUUGAAAUUUGGAAUCAUCUUUUUAUUCUGUUUGUCAAACAAUUGUUUGAAUGAAUACUAUGUUUUUUGGGCUGUA